AUGGCGGGGCCCGAGCCGAUCCCAGUCUCAGUCCUGUUGACUUGUGCCGCCUGUGGCGAAGUGAAAUCGGAAGAAGAAUCGAUCGAGUGUCCUCAAUGCAAGGACAUCCGCUACUGCGACAGCGACUGCCAAGAGCUCGACAAACCGGUCCACGACCUGCUCUGCGAUACCCUCGCCGAUUUCGAUCCUCACAAUCCUCCUUCACCAACCCACGGCAGAGCUAUCCUCUUUCCGGAUAACGAUGAGCGCCCUCGCUUCGUGUGGAUCAACAGGCUCCGCAACGACUACUGGGACUGCGACGGCAUCCUGGGCAUCCAUACCGACAGCCACAACAUGACCAAGCUGGAAGACAAAACCUGCCCGGCGAUUCGAAUCCGCACACAGACCAUCUAUCUCAUCUACGUCGACUCAGCGAUCAAAGACGAAUAUGCCUACGACGGCAACGCCUCGAUUGAGGCACUCAGCAACCUGAAGGGCGUGGCAUACGACUGGAGAGGCCCGGUCUUGGCCGUUAGGUACGCGGACCACCUCAACAUGCGAGACUUUCGCGCCAUUGUCGAUCACCUCCAGUCCUACCCGAAGAACAAUGCGCUGAUGGGCGAGAGUCGAUAUGGAGGAGACGUAUACCCCGGAAUCAAGCUCAACACGGCGAAAGACAUGAAAGUCUUUGGCACACCGCCCCUCCAGCCACUCUCCUUGAGUCAGGCAAUGGUUCUUGACCAAGUGUCCUCUCCAUUCGCACUUUUCUCGGAGCUGAAGCCGCAGCUCUACUGGCGCCACGCUGGGGCCAUCCAUUUCGACUCGGUCAACCGCCACGGGCUACUGGUAUUUGCAGAGACCAGUCUGCCUGGCUUCGGUGUUGUCGGACCCUCAGAGAAGAUCAAGAACAAAUUCAACACCUUGGACCUCAGUCGUCUUCAGAAGGUCUGGAAGGAAGGUCAGCCCUGGAGUCAGAGCUACAUCAUCUUCCGGGAAGGGACGGGCUCAAUCGUUCGCAGAAUAGAGCCACUCCAUAUUGAGGCCCUCGAGGCUUUCCUGAUGGAGCAGGCUCAGAAGGUCGCGAGAGGUGGAUAUGUUGUGAGGGACAUGUUGAAAAAGGAACUGACAACAGAGGCCUUUACUGAGUUCUGGGGCAGAUAUACAGCAGCACGAAACAUUGGAGGCCACAUCUCAGCGCCGUUCAUGUUGCAGCCGUCUCCCAAGCAAUGCACCUCCUGUAUCCAGCUCUAG